UGGAAGAGCGCAGCCGCUCAGUUCUCGCGAUGACGCCUGUUCGGGUCUCCCUUGCCUCCCUCCCAUUGCGCAGACCCGGUAGUCGACAGACCACGUUGCGAGCCACGGAGGCAUCGUAGAACUAGACCAGCUUCGGUACUCGUCCACACGGCAGCGACUCUUCCUAGACGCUCACGGGCACAAGAGUGCGAGAGAGCACAAGCAGGGGGAGAAGCAGGCUCCAGAACCCUGGGACCACAACCUGAACCAAAGGUAGACGUUCAACCAACUGAGCCACCCAGGUGCCUGAAGGUUGGCUGUAUUUUAAAAUACAAAGACUGGGUCAUAAUAGUGACUACCAUUAAUUCUGUUUAAAAUGGGUGUAAAGAAGAAAAAAGAAAUGCAAGUAACUGCACUGACUAUUUGCCAUCAAGACCUUGAAACUUUGAGAUUUUUGGCUGAUGUGGAAGGAAAGAAUUUAGCUUCUUUGCUGUUAUACUGUGUACAACUCACUGAUGGAGUGUCACAAAUCCAUUAUGUUAAACAGAUUGUGCCUUUACUGGAGAAGGCAGAUAAGAAUGGUGCAUGUGAUCCCAUUAUUCGAAGUUGUUUGGAUAUUUUAGCAGGCAUCUAUCUUUCUCUGAGUGUAAAGAAUCCCUUGAAGAAAGUCUUAGCAAGCUCACUAAAUGGCCUACCUGAAUUUUUUCUAACUGAGGCUAUACAAAGUUUUACUUCUCGUCUUCAGGAAGAAUUGAAUACUACUGAUCUAUACUCUUAUAGGAAAGUAAUUGACAAUAUAUCUUCUUGUAUGGAGAACUUUGACUUGGGUAGAGCAGGUGUUAAUAAUCUUCUUAAAAAUGUGCUUCAUUUUCUGCAGAAGAGUUUAAUUGAAAUCUCAGAAGAAAAUCGAAAAUUUGCUGGAAAUUGUAUAGUUCAGACACAGUUGAUGAAUGACUUACUGGUAGGCACUAGAGUUUCAGUGAUGUUGGUGCAGAAAAUACAAGACAUUCAGAGAAUUCAUUUGAAGACUUCCAAUUCUCCCACAUGGCAAAGUAUGUGUGGGUUGCUGAGUAUUUUCACCAAGUUUUUAAGUGAUGAUGACCUCUUACAGACAAUUCAGAGUACGUCUGGAUUAGCUGUUAUUCUUUUUAUUAAGGCUAUGUUUCAUCCACCUGAGAAGAUUCCUGAUUUGAUUAGCAGUUUGCUUCUCCAUUCAGUGGACUGCACCAGCAUUCCCGACUGGUUUUUGAACUGCUGCAGGAGCCUUUGUUGUACUGAUGUCUCGCAGUCAACCCUCUUAUUCCUGUGUCAGGGGACACUCACCAUGUUGGACUGGCAGAAUGGGAGUAUGGGCCUGAGCGGGGAGGCCCUGCUCCUGAAUAUUGUACAUAUUUUGUUCACCUUGAGUUCACAGAUCAAGGAAUCAACUCUGGAAUUGUUUCUGUCUAGAAUUUUGGCAUCCUGGACUAACUCAGCCAUACAUGUCCUUAAAUCAAGUUCCCCAAGCCUAAAGAACAGUCUGAAUGGGAAAUCAAGUGUAGUUGGGAGACUUUUGGAAUAUGUCUAUACCCACUGGGAGCAUCCACUGGAUGCUUUGAGACACCAAACCAAAAUUAUAUUCAGAAAUAUUCUCCAAAUGCACCAGCUCACUAAAGAAAAGUCAAACUCAGAAGUGUCAGGUUUGGCUGCCGAUCAUUUCAUCUGUGAUUUGACUGAAGGUCUUCUGCGAUUGGAAUGGCAUGUUAAAGGGAAGUACACGUGCCUUGGUUGUUUAGUAGAUUACAUAGGAAUUGGACAUAUUUUGGCUCUAGCUAAAACUAUUCCAUCACAAAUCUUAGAGGUGAUGGGAGACCAGUCAUUGGUACCUUAUGCAAGUGAUCUCUUGGAAACCAUGUUCAGAAAUCACAAGAAUCAUUUGAAGUCCCAGGCUCUUGACAGUACCUGGAUCGAUGAGUGGCAUGAGACUUGGGUUUCUCCUCUCCUUUUUAUACUAUGUGAAGGAAAUUUGGAUCAAAAAUCUUAUGUGAUUGAUUAUUACUUGCCAAAAUUAUUGAAUUGCAGUCCUGAAAGCUUAAGCUACAUGGUAAAGAUUCUUCAAACUUCUGCUGAUGCUAAAACUGGGUCUUAUAACAGUAGAGGGGCCCUGGGAGCUUUGAUGGCAUGUCUGCGAACGGCUAGAGCUCAUGGACAUCUUCAGUCUGCAACUGAUACCUGGAGGAACCUUGUGUCCAGUGCAAGAAUAAAACAAGGCUUAAUUCAUCAGCACUGCCAAGUACGGAUAGAUACCUUAGGCUUGCUUUGUGAGAGUAAUCGAAGUACAGAAAUCGUUUCCACAGAAGAAAUGCAGUGGAUUCAAUUCUUUAUCACCUACAAUCUUAACAGUCAGUCCCCAGGAGUCCGACAACAGAUUUGUUCUCUUCUUAAAAAGUUGUUCUGUAGGAUACAGGAAAGUUCUCAGGUGCUUUAUAAACAGGAGCAAAGUAGAUCCAAACAUGAGCCAGAGAAUGAGUUAACCAAACAGCACCCUUCUGUUUCUUUACAACAGUAUAAGAAUUUCAUGUCAUCCAUUUGCAGUCAUCUUUUUGAAGCACUGUUUCCUGGGUCUUCCUACCCAACUAGGUUUUCAGCUUUAACGAUUUUAGGCUCAAUAGCUGAAGUUUUUCCUGUCACAGAGGGUCAAGUCCAAGCAGUGUAUCAGCUGAGUCAUGAUAUUGAUGUUGGUCGUUUCCAAACACUAAUGGAAUGUUUUACCAGCACUUUUGAAGAAGUGAAGAUUUUAGCAUUUGAUCUUCUAAUGAAGUUACCAAAGACAGUUGUACAAUUUCAGGAUUCAGAGAAACUACAAGGCUUAUUCCAAGCAGCAUUGGAGCUCAGCUCAAGCACUAAACCAUACGACUGUGUGACAGCUUCCUACCUGUUGAACUUCUUAAUCUGGCAGGAUGUCCUGCCCUCAUCUCUGUCUGACUCCUUAAAAACUCAGCAGACUGCGUGCGGAGAUGGCGAUAAGUCUGCUAUUGUGGUGGAAAGGAACACAUUAAUGGUUAUCAAAUGCUUGUUGGAAAAUCUUGAGGAAGAAGUAUCUCAGGCUGAAAAUUCUCUGCUUCAGGCAGCAGCAUCAUUUCCACUGUAUGGGCGAGUCCACUGUGUAACAGGAGCUUUGCAGAGGUUAUCUCUAAACAACCUGCAGUUGGUGAGUGAAUGGAGACCUGUGAUUGAGAAGCUCCUUUUGAUGUCAUAUAGGCUUUCUGCUGUGGUGUCUCCAGUCAUUCAGAGUUCCUCUCCAGAGGGCCUCAUCCCAAUGGACACUGAUUCAGAGUCAGCAAGCCGCUUACAGACGAUUCUAAAUGAGAUUCAGCCACGAGAUACUAAUGAUUACUUCACUCAAGCCAAAAUACUCAAAGAACAUGAUAGCUUUGAUUUGGAAGACUUGAAUGUCAGUGUGCAGAAUAUUGGUGCUUCUGCAGAGGUCAAAGGUAGUAAAGAAAGAAAAACAUGUGAUGUAACUGCUCAGAUGGUGCUGGUAUGUUGUUGGCGAAGUAUGAAGGAAGUUGCUUUACUUUUAGGCACACUGUGCCAGCUUCUCCCCAUGCAGUCUGUGCCAGAAUCUUCCAAUGGAUUAUUGACAGAGGAGCAGGUAAAAGAAAUAGGGGAUUACUUUAAACAACACCUCUUACAGUCCAGGCACAGAGGAGCAUUUGAACUGGCUUACACUGGCUUUGUGAAACUCACUGAAAUACUAAACAGGUGCCCCAAUGUGAGUUUGCAAAAGCUACCAGAACAGUGGUUAUGGAAUGUUUUAGAGGAAAUUAAAUGCAGUGAUCCUUCAUCUAAACUCUGUGCUACAAGGCGCAGUGCUGGAAUUCCUUUCUACAUACAGGCGCUAUUGGCAUCUGAACCUAAGAAAGGCAAAAUGGAUUUGUUAAAAGUAACAAUGAAAGAGUUACUCUCCUUGGCUGGACCUACAGAUGACUCACAGAGCACAGUCCCCCAGGUUCAUGCUUUAAAUAUUCUUAGAGCCUUGUUCAGAGAUACACGUCUGGGAGAAAAUAUUAUUCCGUAUGUUGCUGAUGGAGCUAAGGCUGCAAUUCUAGGCUUUACAUCACCAGUCUGGGCAGUGAGAAAUUCAUCCACACUUCUUUUUAGUACCUUGAUCACAAGAAUAUUUGGAGUUAAAAGGGGAAAGGAUGAACUCUCCAAAAAAAAUAGAAUGACAGGCAGCGAAUUUUUUUCUCGUUUCCCAGAACUCUAUCCCUUUCUUCUACAACAGUUGGAAGCUGUAGCUAAUACUGUGGACAGUGAUACAGGAGAACUCAACCGUCAUCCAAGCAUGUUUCUCUUACUUUUGGUGUUGGGAAGACUCUACCCUUCUCCGAUGGACGGCACUUACUCUGCUCUCAGCAUGGCACCGUUCAUUCCCUUCAUUAUGAGAUGUGGUCGCUCACCUGUCUACCGUUCCCGUGAAAUGGCAGCUCGUGCCUUGGUCCCAUUUGUUAUGGUAGAUGAAAUCCCCACUACCAUCCGAACUCUGUUGGCCAAACUCCCAAACUGCACUGACCAGCGUUUCCGGCAAAACCAUAUUCAUGGGACGCUGCUCCAGGUUUUUCAUUUGUUACAAGCCUUCACAGACUCCAAAUACAGACUGAAUACAUACUUUCAGCAGGAGCUGGCUGACGUUGCUGUUUGUACCAGAGCCAAACUCUGGCUGGCCGAGAGGCAAAAUCCAUGUUUGGUGACCAGAGCUGUAUAUAUUGACAUUCUCUUCCUGUUGACUCGCUGCCUUGACAAACUCACAAAAGGCAACCAGCCAGCUGUGGAGUGUCUUGGCUUCUGGGAGGAUGUCAGAAGGAUCAUCUCAGGAUCAGAGCUGAUAACGGGAUUCACCUAUACCUUCACGGUGCCAGGCCUGCCCCAGUACCUCCAGAGUCUCACCAAACUAGCCAUCACCACAGCGGCAGUGGCAGCUCAGGCUGGAGAGCAGGCAGGGAACAUUCCCAUAUCCUUCUCUCAGCUGCUGGAGUCUUCCUUCCCUGAAGUGCGCCUGCUGACAUUAGAAGCCCUGCUGGAAAGAUUCUCAACAGCAGCCUUGGGAUUAGGAGAGAAGGGGCUGCCACCUUUGCAGCGGAAUAUGGGAGAGACAUUCUUGAUGUUGGCUGUGAAGGAAAAUCACCCAGAAUGCUUCUGCAAGAUAUUGAAAAUUCUCCAUUGCAUGGACCCCAGUGAGUGGCUUUCCCACAUGCAGCGCUGUAUCCACCUCACCCCAAAGGAGUUCCUGAUCUGGACAAUGGAUAUUGCUUCCAAUGAAAGGUCUGAAGUUCAAAGUGUAGCUCUGAGACUUGCCUCCAGAGUGAUUGCCCACUACCUACAGAUGUGUGAGGAGACCAGGGACUCAGUGGCCCCCACACUGAAGCAGUGGGUUCAGUUGGUUGUCUCAUCCUGUGGAGAACACCUUCCCACAGAGUCCAGGCUGGCUGCUGCCGAAGCCCUCAACAGCACCACACCAUUCUUGCUUACCACCCUCCAUCCCGUUCUUGGAUUGCAGGAUACACUUGCUCUCUGGAGAUGUGUCCUCACCCUCCUGCAGAGUGAGGAGCAAGCUGUCAGAGAUGCAGCCACGGGAACGGUAGUGACCGCAAUGUCACAAGAAAACACCUGCCGAUCAACAGAAUUUGCCUUCUGCCAGGUGGACGCUUCAAUUGCACUGACCCUAGCCCUAGCUGUGCUGUGUGACCUGCUCCAGCAGUGGGACCAGCUGGCCCUUGGACUCCCAGUCCUGCUGGGAUGGCUGUUGGGAGAGGAUGAUGAUUUCGUGGUCCAUCUGGAAAACACACAUCAGGUGGAAGACUACCUGUUUGAAAAAGCAGAAAUCAACUUUUGGGCCGAGACCCUGAUCUUCGUGAAAUACCUCCACGAGCACCUCCUCCGUCUCCUCUCCACGUCCAGCCACCGUCCCCUCAGCCCUGAAAGCCUCCGCCAUCUCCGCAGGACAGCAUCAGAGCAGGGCCACCUCCUUUCGCAGCUCUUCAGAGAGCUGCCCCCAGCUGCUGAGUUCUUGAAGACCGUGGAAUUCACACGACUGCGCAUUCAGGAGGAGAGGACUCUGGCUUGCCUGCAGCUGCUGGCCUUUCUAGAAGGAAAGGAAAGGGAAGAUACCCCCGUCCUCAGGGCUUCAGACUCACCUGCAGAAGCGAAUCAGUUUACUCUUGCCAAAACAGAAACAGCUCAUUGAAGAAAGAAGACUUUGGGGGGUGGGGUGGGGGCAGACCAUUCCCCCCACUAAAUCUGCCAGGAACCCGUGGAACAUAAAUUCAAGUAUGUUCUCCCUUUGUGGGUCUAGUCUCUCUGUCCCUUCCUGCAGAGUUUUUCUCCAUUCAUUCAGGGCAACCCGGGUUUUUGCAGCUACUAUAGGAAGUGAGGCUACCACGUUGAAUAUUUACUCUGCUCCCAGGUGCUGGCCACCUGCAGACCUGAAUUCGCCUUUUUUCUUCCUCCUCGACCUCGCACAUCCAGGCCUAGCCAGCCGGCAUUUUCUGCGAACUGACUGUACAGAACUGGAUUUUAACUCAUGAUUUUCUCUUCUUUUUCCCACUGCAUAGAAGAGCUGGAUUCGUUGGCAGGCAGCCCAUUGGGUCAGAAUUCCAAAUUUUAUUCCAUUUUAGCUAAGGCAGAAGUAUGUUCCGAAUGUUGGCUCCUGGGAGAAUUCAAGAUCAACUGUAUAGAAAUAGUUUUGUUUUUACUCUCCACAUGUGCCCAAGCCCUGUGGCGACCUGCACAUGCCAUCCGAAUUAUUAAAAGAGCUCCUACCCACAAAAGUGUUUGUGCUAAGGCCAGGAAACCUGAUUUUACCACCCACUGAAAGCACAGACCCUUGGUUGUUAGAAGGAAGCACAGGGAAGGGAAAGACAGAGUAAAUGAUUUCUUCGAUGUCUACACUGACUACUGUCAUUUUCUCGGUGGCAAUAACAAGAUUCUCAUUUAAGAUGUCAGAAAACAGGGACGCCUGGGUGGUUCAGCGGUUGAACAUCUGCCUUUGGCUUGGGGUGUGAUCCCAGAGUUCCGGAAUCGAGUCCCACGUUGGGCUCCCUGCAUGGAGCAUGCUUCUCCCCUGCCUAUCUCUCUCUCUCUCUCUCUCUCUCUCUCUCUCUCUCUCUCUCUCUGUGUGUGUGUGUGUGUGUGUCUCUCAUGAAUAAAUAAAUAAAAUAUUUUUUAAAAAAUCUUAGAAAACACAUUUAUCCAUUUCAGUGUGUGAAUCUAGACGCCUGGCCUUUGGAAGCCGGACCCAGCCCUGUUCCUCUGAUAUCCAGCAGGUGUCGCUCUUGCAUACAUUUUGCUGCUAGUCCUGUGUUUCAUUGCCUUGCCAUUUUCUACUUAAGAUUUCAGAAUAAAAAAAAAAAAGAUUUCAGAAUAAGCAUUACCUACAGACAGCUAUCUUGAAGUUCAUAGCUUGGAUUGGCCAUAGCCUCAUCCAUAUUCAUUUUUCAUCCUGGAAAAAGCCAUUUUAGUAUUACGUAAAGUUGGUCUAGCCUUUUUGGUAUGUCAAUAGUUUUGGAUUUUUUUAAGAUUUUUUUUUAAUUUAUUCAUGAGAGGUGGGGGGGAGGCAGAGGGGGAAGCAGGAUCCCUGCAGGAAGCCUGAUGUGGGACUCAAUCCUGGGACCCUGGGAUCACACCUGAGCCAAAGGCAGAUGGUUCAACCACUGAACCACCCAGUCAUCCCAGUAGUUUUAAAUACUUCUCAGGUGAGCGGUCACUUGGAAUUAUGUUAAAGGGGCAGCUUAUUAUUUUUUUUAAGAUUUUUAAAAUUUAUUCCUGAGACAGAGGCAGAGAGAAGCAGGCUCCAUGCUGGGAGCCCGACGUGGGACUUGGGACUCGAUCCUGAGUCUCCAGGAUCACGCCCUGGGCUGAAGGCGGCGCUAAACCGCUGAGCCACCCGGGCUGCCUUAAAGGAGCAGUUUAGAGGAGUGAGAGUUUGAUAUAAUUUUCUACUGCAGAAAGGCUUGUAUUUUGAAUGUGUUCUCUUUAAAAGAAAACCACCUAAUACUAAAAAUACAGCUGUGCUGGAAAUGUAGAGAAAAGGCAGGGAAUGAAGGGAAACCUAGAGUCCAAAGUUUUGUCCUAAAGAGAACAGGAGAUUCUUGGUGGUUUUGCACUAUUCCACUCAAAAUGUGUUUUUUGUGAUUCUGAAUAAAUUACCUGUUGGGCAUCUGUGUAGUCCACACUUGGUGGAAAGUUGCCAGUCUAACCUUUUCUUCUUUUUUUAAGAUUCUAUUUAUUUGUUUGUUUGUUUGUUUGUUUGUUUAUGAGAGACACAGAGAGGAGCAGAGACACAGCAGAGGAGAAGCAGGAUCCUCAAUGGGAGCCCCAUGCGGGACUCAAUCCAGAGACCCCAGGACCACACCCUGAGCUGAAGGCAGAUGCUCAACCACUGAGCCACUCAGGCAUCUCCCCAACAUUUCUUUUUGUUCUGCGAAGACCUGACUGGGUGAGAAGUCAGGGAAUCUUUGGCAUGAUGCAGUGAUGACCAUGGUUCAAUAACUAUGAAACUGGCCCAGCAAAGCCCAGCUCACUGGAAAAGACCAGCAUUCCUUUUUUCUCCAUUUAAAAUGAAAUAAAAGCAGUUACAUAAUAAUAAAAACACUUUAUACCAGCAGGUACUCUGUACCAAAACCUGUUCUAUAGCAUAUUUACACGUAAUCCCCAGGUUCCUUCUACCAAGCCUGCAGAGUGGGUGUUCUCAGGGCUGCCGACUGGGAAUCACCCCAGAUUUUGAUGUUGGCUGGCUGUGGCCAGCCUGGAAGGACAGGAGGGACAGAUGUUUCUCCUGGUUUUGUAUGUGAAAUCUUGUUACUGACCUACAAUAGCAGUGGCUAAGGAAAUGGCUGUUUCACAUUGCCUGAUGCAUUCCCAGGAGAAUCUUGGAGUACUACUGUCAGGGCUACCCUGGAACUCCCGUGUUUGGGGUCAUUCUGACAAAGAACAAAACAACAGUUGGGGUUCUUGGGCACUCCUGGCUGUGAGUGUCAGCCACAGUUGCCCAGCUCUGCCUGGGGGCCAGUGUAGGCCGGGUGCUGCAAUCACCCAGAGUGAAGGAGUCACCUGUUCUGAGGUCACUGCCCUUGGCUCCAAGCUAGAGGGUCCAAGAUUCCGGGCCCCGCAGGUCUGCACGCAUGAUUCUGUGCACCUCUACCCAUCUGGCCACAGCUCAGAGACCUGGCUAUCUCCAUUUCUAUGCUUUGUCAACUUGGUUUAAUAAACAAUAAGGGUUAUA